AUGGAUGAUCCGCUGCUGUUGGCUACAGACAAAUCAGAUAUAUUUGAUGACGAACUACCGAUAAAUACAAUCGAAACUAGUCAAAUUGAUGACGCCACGACACUGAACCGACCCGGGAUCAAUGCAAAACCGCACAAAACAGAUGCACCCGCUCUGAAUAGAACCAGGGCAUUCACGACAUCAUAUGCGAUAAAUUACAUAAAACCACACAACGAGAAUACCAAAACAUCCGAAUAUGCUACUCGCAAGUUUGUCUCUUUGUACAAACUUCUAUUACUUGAGCUAAAUCUACCGGGACCUCAAUCCACGAAGAAAAAAACGGCUGAUGACGAUGAGGAGCGAAAAAGAGCAUAUGAACAAUUGAAGAGUAUGAUCUCUGUUCCAUUUUAUUUGGAAAAAUUCAUCACCUUUGGUCUCCUAGUGUGCUUAAAUCUGUUCCUUACUCUUUUCACUCUUGUACCAUUGAAACUAUGCAUAGUGGUAUUCACAGCUUUUCGGGAUUUUCUCUUAUCGCUGUCUCAAGACUUGAGUAUACUACAGCGAAGACUACAUUUUGUUAAGAGAGAUAUCAUUACCUUGUUGCUAAUUAUCUCCACCGUGGCCCUUUUAGCCAGCCCAGUUCUCGAGGUGUCAAGGCUAUACCAUGAUAUCCGGGGUCAAGCACACAUUAAAUUGUACGUCAUGUUUGGUGUAUUGGAAGUUACUGACAAACUUCUUUCAAGUGUAUCUCAUGAGGUCUUUACUGUGUUAGUGGGCAUACCCUUCUCUGACACUUCGCCCAAGAAUUUAGCAAUGCUAGCUCUUUUCUCAAUAUUGGCUCUAAUAUUCUCUGCUUGCCAUUCAUACGCUUUGAUUUACCAGUCGGUAUCACUACAUGUCGCAGCCAACUCGUACUCGAAUGCGCUUUUAACACUUCUCCUCUCUAAUCAGUUCGCAGAAUUGAAGAGCGCCGUCUUUAAAAAGUUCGAGAGAGAGGGUUUGUUUCAAGUAACAUUAUCUGACUUGACUGAAAGAUUUCAGUUAUCAAUUAUGCUCACGAUUAUCGCCUUCCGAAAUAUCUCCCAACUAAAUUCCACCCAAAUCGGUUUGACUCCUGACAGCUGGAAAUCUUGGAACAAAUGGAUCGGUGCGAUAUUUGGCCCUUCUGUUGUCGUCUUAGGCAGUGAAAUCUUUGUGGACUGGAUAAAACAUUGCUUCAUCAACAAAUUUAAUAGAAUAAGGCCAAAAGUCUAUGAUAACUUCCUCUACGUGUUAAGUUUGGAUUUCAUUGAGGUUUUCAAUCAGAAUUCCGAAGAAACUUCAACCGAGACAUCAGACUAUGUCAAAAUUACCAAAAGAAUUGGAAUCCCUACGAUGUCUCUCUCAGUUUGCUUGUUUCGGAUGGUUUUGAGCGACCUCAAAGAGAUAUACCUCCCCGGCACUUGGACUUUCUGGAAUGUUCUUGCUAGUUUGCUCCUAAUAGUCAUGUCAUUCGUGGCUUUGGUAGUGAUCAGACUUCUUCUCAGUUUGUGGCUUCUACAAUGGGCUAGAUACACCAAAGCUAAGCAUGAGCUGCAUCAGCAGAGACGCAUACCGCAAAGCAGCGACUCGAAAGGAAGUCUCAGAAUGAAGGAUACUCAAUAUGCUUCUAGAUCAAACUUCGAAACUCCCUCGCCACGGGUAGGAAAAAACGAACUUGAAGAAUAUUCAGCACCAUGUUCUCCGGAUGACUCAAUACUUCCAACCAUUGAUGCCAAGUCUCUCAUUUCUGCACUCAAUGAAGACCCCUAUACCUCCCCAAUCGACUCCGAGAUAGAAACUUCGUUCAUCCCCGGGAUUCCUAACACUGAAUCCUCGUCAAUAAAUCCAAGCACACGGCUGUAUUUAUAUGACUCCGGUGAAAAAGUGCCCCCUACUCCAGAGGAGAAAAGAAAUGAGCAAUUGCGGAAAAGAUUUGAUAAAUCACCAGAUGUGCAAACUGAUGAGGUGUUUGAGCCACUCCGAGCUGUUCACAGGUAUGAAAUGUCUAGCAAACGAAUUUGGUAG